CACGAGAUACGUUGACCUAAAGGAGUGAAUUUUCCCGCCAUUGUUAGUACUAAGAACUCUCUCGGCCGCCGCAUCUCCGUCGCCGUCUACAGAUGGCGGAUAAGAAGAAGCGGAAACGAUCUAAAGACGACGAGACGGAGGAGCUUCCUUUCAAAAACAUUCUGGAACCAGACGAAGCUAUCCUGGAGCUUUUCAAAUCCUAUGUUUCCUCUUCUAUCAAAGCCGCCGCCGGAGCCGGCGGUGCUUCGUCCUCGUCAUCGAAACCACUAACCCUGGAUGAUCUCUCUCUCUCAUCUUCCUGCCGUGAAGUCGCAGAUCUCUCACUCUCCUCCGUGCAGACAGAGAUAGAGACAGUCAUCGUCCAAAUCGCCCGUUCGAUUCUAGCCGGUGAUGGCUUCUCCUUCAGUGUUCCUUCACGCGCCGCCUCGAAUCAGCUGUAUGUCCCGGAGCUCGACCGUAUUGUGUUGAAAGACAAAUCCACCCUCCGCCCUUUUGCUUCCGUUUCUUCUGUCAGGAAGACUACCAUCACCACUCGUAUUCUCGCCCUUAUCCACCAACUCUGCCUCAGCAAAAUUCAUGUUACCAAGCGUGAUCUCUUCUACACCGACGUUAAGCUUUUCCAGGACCAGACACAGAGUGAUGCUGUGUUGGACGAUGUCUCGUGUAUGCUCGGCUGCACAAGGUCAAGCCUCAAUGUAAUCGCAGCAGAGAAAGGUGUGGUGGUGGGAAGGCUCAUAUUCAGUGACAAUGGAGAUAUGAUAGAUUGCACAAAGAUGGGAAUGGGUGGGAAAGCCAUUCCACCAAACAUUGACCGGGUUGGAGAUAUGCAGAGUGAUGCUUUGUUCAUACUCUUAGUUGAAAAAGAUGCAGCUUAUAUGAGGUUAGCAGAAGACAGAUUCUACAACCGGUUCCCUUGUAUCAUCGUGACUGCAAAAGGCCAGCCCGAUGUAGCCACAAGGCUCUUCUUGAGGAAAAUGAAAAUGGAGCUUAAGCUUCCAGUGCUUGCCUUGGUGGAUAGUGAUCCUUACGGGUUGAAGAUCUUGUCGGUUUAUGGAUGUGGGUCGAAGAACAUGUCGUACGAUAGUGCAAACUUGACUACACCCGAUAUCAAGUGGCUUGGGAUCAGGCCAAGUGAUUUGGACAAGUAUAAGAUACCUGAGCAGUGUAGGUUGCCAAUGACUGAGCAGGAUAUUAAGACCGGGAAGGAUAUGCUAGAGGAGGAUUUCGUGAAGAAAAACCCUGGGUGGGUCGAGGAACUUAAUCUGAUGGUGAAAUCGAAGCAGAAGGCUGAGAUUCAGGCGUUGAGCUCUUUUGGUUUCCAGUAUUUAUCAGAAGUUUACUUGCCCCUGAAACUGCAGCAGCAGGAUUGGCUCUGAUCAUCAAGAUUGCUGUGUUCCUGUUCAAUUAGAGAGACCAACAAGUGUACGCUACAAAUUUCAAGUUUAUGAUCAUGUAAUUGCUGGUUUCCUAGCAUGUGAAUUACUACACAGAUCAAAACUUGGUUUUAAUUUAUGGUUUGAAUCUACACAGAACUGGGAAGAUAGGUGUCAGUUGAUUAUUUAGAAGACAACUCAUUUGUUAUUUAAAAGAUUGUAUACAAUAUGCUUAUUGAGAUAAUUAACAUUCAAUAUC